CCACAGAGUCUGAACCACGAGGAGGAAGAAGAAGAAGAAGAACCGCUGUCUGAGUGACUGUUUCCAAGGAGACCGCUGAUACUACUUAAAGCGCUGGACUGCUGGUCAGUGCCGAGGGGGCAGGGUAGCCAGAGACCGCCAAGAUGUCAUUUUUAUUCGACUGGAUCUACAGGGGGUUUAGUAGUGUUUUACAGUUUUUAGGUCUGUACAAAAAGUCUGGGAAGCUGGUUUUCCUGGGCCUGGACAAUGCUGGUAAAACAACACUCCUACACAUGUUGAAAGAUGACCGACUUGGCCAACACGUGCCAACGCUGCAUCCAACUUCUGAAGAGCUGACAAUCGGUGGGAUGACAUUCACUACAUUCGAUCUUGGUGGACAUGUGCAAGCUCGACGGGUGUGGAAGAACUACCUGCCGGCUGUGAAUGGAGUCGUGUUUCUUGUAGACUGUGCAGAUCACGACAGGCUCACAGAAUCCAAGACCGAGCUCGACGCUCUCCUAGGAGACGAGACCAUAGUCAAUGUUCCAGUGUUGGUGCUGGGUAAUAAAAUUGACCGUCCAGAGGCCAUCAGUGAAGGAGGACUGAGAGGAGCCUUUGCUCUUGAUGGUCAGGUUACUGGAAAGGGGAAUGUCUCUUUGAAGGAGCUGAACGUCCGACCGCUGGAGAUUUUCAUGUGCAGCGUGUUGAAAAAACAAGGCUACGGGGAAGGUUUCAGAUGGUUGUCACAGUACAUCGACUGACAUGUAAAAGUGAAGCUUAACCAGAGGGGAUUUCCUUGACACAUUUUCCUGAAGCAUGACAAAGACUUUGUCUCUUUGCCGGUGUCAAUCAGCCCACAUUUCAAACUGUAUUAUUAAGAGCAUAUUAGGAGCAUAUUCUUUUUAAUACUUUAAAGCAUUUAUUCAGGAUUUAAAGGUUUCUAUGCAAACUUUUAAAAGUGGUUCAUGGUGAACUGUCCUACGUGUGUGUGUUAUUAAUGUGAAAGUUAACCGAGUUGUCCGAGUUGUAACGAGCAGUCAUACAUUAUGCAAGAAAGUAGAUAUAUAUAUAUAUACAUCAGUUUUGCUUUAUUUGUUACGGAAAAGCCCAGCUGCUCUCUGAACUGGCAUUUCUUUAGGAAGCGACGUUUGUGGUGGGUAGUUUACUGCUUGUCUGACAUUGAAUUAAGAUGGCAGAGUUUAGAUUUUAAAAUUAGACAAAUAACAAAAUACAGAAGAUUUAAUUUUAGUUAAUCUAAUGCUAUGCAGCCACUGCCUUCAAAGCAUAUAGCCAAAGAUGUAUGCUAAUGACUUGGGGAUUAGCAGGGAGAGAGAUUUGGACUCCAACAAAGGAUAUCUUCCAUGCCGAGCUCUGAGCCAAAAUAACAUCAAAUCCUUUUUAGAAACCAAAAAAAAAGGAGAAAAGACAGCACGUCCCACAAAUAAACGCAGUAAACUGAGUCAAAUUGAAGCUCUGACUGAUGAACAUGCUUCUCACACUUUCAGUGUCUAGGUGGAAUUGUCUUGUUUAUUUUUGCAUCUUUUCUGUUGUUGACCCAAAGCGAUGUUACAUAUUGAAGUGUGUUCGUUGGACCAAAAUAAGUCCUCAUUAUCUUGGACUUUGGGGUAUUCCAUACAGAGCUCAAAGGUAAAA